AUGGCGGACCAGGCUCUCUCCUUCGCCAAGGACUUCCUGGCGGGUGGCGUGGCCGCGGCCAUCAGCAAAACCGCGGUGGCGCCCAUCGAGAGGGUGAAGCUGUUGCUCCAGGUACAACAUGCAAGUAAACAAAUUGCUGCUGACAAACAGUACAAGGGUAUCAUUGAUUGCGUAGUGCGUAUCCCAAAGGAGCAAGGAAUUCUGUCCUUUUGGCGUGGAAAUUUGGCAAAUGUCAUCAGAUAUUUCCCCACUCAGGCUCUCAAUUUUGCUUUCAAGGAUAAGUAUAAGCAGGUGUUCUUAGGAGGAGUGGACAAGCACACUCAAUUUUGGAGGUAUUUUGCUGGUAAUCUGGCCUCUGGUGGUGCAGCUGGUGCCACUUCUCUCUGCUUCGUCUAUCCUUUGGAUUUUGCAAGAACCCGUUUGGCUGCUGAUGUUGGAAAAGCUGGUGCCGACAGAGAAUUCAGAGGUCUGGGGGACUGUCUAGUCAAAAUUACCAAGUCUGAUGGUCUGCGUGGCUUAUAUCAAGGGUUCAAUGUGUCUGUGCAGGGUAUCAUCAUCUAUAGAGCUGCCUACUUUGGAAUCUAUGAUACAGCAAAAGGCAUGCUCCCAGAUCCCAGAAACACUCACAUUGUGAUAAGCUGGAUGAUUGCACAAACAGUGACUUCUGUGGCUGGUGUUGUCUCGUAUCCUUUUGAUACAGUGCGGCGUCGAAUGAUGAUGCAGUCAGGACGUAAAGGAGCUGACAUCAUGUACUCCGGAACAAUCGACUGUUGGAAGAAGAUUGCAAGGGAUGAAGGAGGAAAAGCUUUUUUCAAGGGUGCAUGGUCCAACGUUCUCCGAGGCAUGGGUGGUGCUUUUGUGCUCGUGCUGUAUGAUGAAUUAAAGAAAGUAAUUUAAAAACAUCCUAACUAAAAUUGGAAAUCAAGUUGAGCAGAUCAUGUAGAAUAACUUUACCAUUAUGGACCAUUGACCUUCAAGAAAUUCCUGUGUUGUCUUAUUUAUCGGGGCCAGAUCAUGUUGGUAGAUGGGGCUAGAAACUUAUCAAGGGAACUGAUCCAUUUCAAGAUGCCUUUUUUGCAGACACUGACACUGACAGUUCAGCAUACUGAAUUUUCUGUGUCAGUGGUGGGAUAUCAGUGGAAGUAGUUCUGAAUCCACAGAAGCAGUUUGGGCAAAGAAAGUUGUUGGGUUUUUUUCUAUAUUUGCCCUCCGAUCAGUCUCUAGUUUCCUGUCUUAUAGGACCAUAAAAUUGUUUGUGUAUUUGUUUAACAAAUCACGUCUAUUCCACUUGUACUUAAGCACUCUGUACUAUUUUGCACAGCUGAACCUUUAGCAAGUAUGUUCUUUUAAAUUGGGGCAUUCUGCUGUAAAACAAUAAACAUACUUACUCUGUUGAAACUAA